AUGGCUGGUCCUCCAAACUUACCAUACAACCCCACCUCUAAACCUUCAAAAAACUCCGCCAUUCCCACAGCAUUUUUCUCCAAGAAAUUAGCCAAUCUCUACUCCAUCACACUCGUUUUCUUCCUUUGCUUUCUCUCUUAUCUCUUAGGUUUCUGGCAACGCGGCGGUCCAUCAACCCUCUCUUCCACCACCACCACCACCGUCAAUUUCGCUUGUGCCUCAAAUAAAACCAAUACCAUCAACGCCAAAGCCCUAGAUUUCUCAUCUCACCAUUUCGCUAAAGCUGUUGUUACCGAGUCAACCAAGGUCAAAGCGUACCCACCAUGCAACACAUCGUACAGUGAGUAUACGCCAUGUGAGGACGCGAAAAGAUCUCUGAAAUUUGAAAGAAGUAGGUUGAUAUAUAGAGAGAGACACUGUCCUGAGAAGAAAGAGUUAUUGAAAUGCCGAGUCCCGGCACCGUACGGUUACAAGAACCCAUUUACGUGGCCGGCGAGUAGGGAUCUGGUUUGGUACGCUAAUGUUCCGCACAAGGAGUUGACUGUGGAGAAGGCAGUGCAAAAUUGGAUCAGAUAUGAAGGUGAUCGUUUUAGAUUCCCGGGAGGAGGAACCAUGUUCCCUAAUGGAGCUGAUGCGUAUAUUGACGAUAUUGGGAAGUUGAUCAAUCAAAAUGAUGGCUCUAUACGUACCGCAAUUGAUACUGGCUGUGGGGUUGCCAGUUGGGGGGCCUAUCUUCUGUCACGCAACAUCCUAACGAUGUCGUUUGCCCCAAGGGACACCCACGAGGCACAAGUUCAAUUUGCCCUUGAGCGGGGAGUUCCUGCUUUGAUCGGAGUUCUUGCUUCAAAGAGACUUCCUUAUCCGUCCAGGGCUUUUGACAUGGCUCACUGCUCUCGCUGCCUCAUUCCAUGGAACCAGUUUGGUGGAAUUUAUUUGAUUGAAGUUGAUCGAGUUCUGCGACCUGGUGGGUAUUGGAUAUUGUCUGGCCCGCCAAUCAAUUGGAAGAGAUAUUGGAAAGGUUGGGAAAGAACAAAGGAGGAUUUGAAUGCUGAACAGACCUCAAUUGAAAAUGUAGCUAAGAGCCUUUGCUGGAAAAAGUUGUAUGACAAAGAUGACAUUGCUAUUUGGCAAAAACCUGUCAAUCAUUUGAAUUGUAAAGUAAACCGCAAACUUAACCAGAACCCACAUUUCUGCCCCGCUCAAGAUCCUGACAAAGCCUGGUAUACAGAAAUGGAUACUUGUUUGAUUCGGUUGCCUGAAGUUUCAAGUAAUCAAGAGAUUGCUGGUGGUAAACUGGCCAAGUGGCCUGAGAGACUAAACGCAAUUCCACCAAGGAUUAGUAGAGGAACCGUGAAAGGAGUAACACCUGAAAUCUUCAAAGAAAACUCUCGACUAUGGAAGAGAAGGGUGUCAUAUUAUAAAACAGUGAACAAACAAUUAGGACAAGCGGGGCGGUACCGCAACCUUUUAGACAUGAAUGCCAACUUGGGAGGAUUUGCUGCUGCUCUCAUUGAUCACCCAGUUUGGGUAAUGAAUGUGGUUCCUGUUGAGGCUAAGCUCAAUACCCUUGGAGUCAUAUAUGAAAGGGGAUUAAUAGGAACAUAUCAGAAUUGGUGUGAGGCAAUGUCAACUUAUCCUAGAACUUAUGACCUUAUUCAUGCUGACUCUGUGUUUAGUCUCUACAAAAACAGAUGUGAAAUGGAAGAUAUUUUGUUGGAGAUGGAUCGGAUUCUGAGACCCGAAGGAAGUGUAAUCUUUCGAGAUGAUGUUGAUGUUCUAGUGAAGAUAAAGAAGAUUACGGACGCUAUGAAUUGGGAUAGUCAAAUUGUUGAUCAUGAGGAUGGGCCUCUUGAGAGGGAGAAGCUUCUUUUUGCUGUGAAGUUGUAUUGGACGGCUGAUGCUGCCGCCUCUGAUCAAACCGUGCUUAAAUCUUCAUGAAGAUUUUGUUUGCUCUAUUUCUAGUGGCUUUUUUGUAUUCACUUCUUCUUCUUUAGUUAUUCUUUGGAUCAGUUCAUUUGCAACCAAUUUUGGGUCAAUGCCAUUGUUAAAAUCUCCCGGAUUAAUCUGACAAUCCUGCGUUGAAUGGAUUGGCCUCCCCUUUUUUUA